CCGUAGAACGGAGGAGCGCAAGUUUUGUUUUGGCGCGAGAGGGUUUAAUGGUGGAGCUGUGCAACUUUUGCCUGAUUCAUUACUAGAGUUGUUCACUAACUUUGGACUUUGCAGAAGGACUUUGUGUGUGAUGCUCUAAGCAUGGAUGAUAAUGCGGUACAAAAUAUACAAACAGAAGACAGCACAAGGGACCAGGCUAGCAGCAUGGAUUCAGCGAAUGCUACUGACAACAACGCGUCGGUGUCGCAGGGAAAGAGACUGAAGAUUUUCAACAAAGCCAUGGAAAAAAGUUUGCAACGACUGAUAGCGGACGCCAGUUUCCACAGAUUUGCACAGUCAUUCCAUCCUUUCUACAAGGACAACCCACAAACGACAAAACAAAUCCACCAUCAGUUUAUUGCCAGUCUUCAGGAGCAUAUCCAGAAGGACAUCAAUAUCGUGAUUGAGGAGUGUGAACUGCAGUGUAAACUGGAGGAGUUGGACAGACUCUGUGAAGCGGCCAAAGAUAACACAGAAACUGCCUGGCGUCCAAGUGGCCUGCCAGAGCAGGACAUCAGUAGUUUCCUGAUGCCUUAUUACAGAAAGCAGGAGCUCGUCAUGAGAAGGAAACUGGAAAAGCUGACGAAGGAGAAUGAGGAGUUGGCGAGGACGGUGCAAGAAGGCCGAAGUGCCAUCGCAAACGCGGAACAGUUAAUCGCUACUCAAGUGCAGAAGUGGAAGGCCCCAGUGGAACAGCUGCGAUCCUGCAUUUCUACCCUUUGCCCAGAGGAACCUUUUGACGAACUCUAAAGGUGUAGUCCAUUUCCUGAAAAGAAGUGGAGUACAUUGAGGAUACUUUUUGCAUUGUAUUUUUCUGUGUGUAAUUUUUUUUGUAUUUAUGCUUCAUUGUGUUUAGAGCAAUAUUUUAUGUCAUGGCUUUGUAUGCAUUUUUCCUAUUUCUGUACUGUACACAUGUCUUCAAAACUAAUACAAGCUAUGGUUUUAACAUUC